AUGCCGGGCAGGUCAGAGCCAGAACCUGUGCGGCGCCCCAGAAUGAUGAUCAAUGUCUUGGAGGAAAUAUCCUCUGAGUACACCUAUGCCUCCUUCAAGCGACAUGAGGAGGGACCCCUACCAGAGGUGCCCAAGGAGAUCUGGGACGAAGCCCGUUCACAGCUCCGUGUGCGCCUUCGAGAGAUAGAGGAGCAUCGAGAACGAGCUGCGGAGCGCAGACGGUUAGAGAAGGAAGAGAAGGAGAACGAGGAGGAGAAGGAGAUGGAACGGCGACUGUGGGCUGAAGCAGUGGAAGAAGUUGAGGCAGAACCACGAGAACUCUUCAAUCUCUUCAAACUGUUGAAUAGCAAUGCAGGUACCGAAAGUGAGGAACAACAGAUGGCCGAACAAGAAGCACAUGCAUUGCAGGAACAUCAUGAGACUCACAAGAAUGAAGACGGCAAGCCCGAUCCGGACUCUUUGCUGGGCAAGCUCAUGAAGAACAACGUGGACAAAGGGGCUGGAAAGGUGAAUCCGAACCAAGACCGUCCUGAUGAGCAGUUCGACGAAGACACCGAGGCCAAAAAAGUGGCCAUGUCAGAGCUUCUCAAAAAGGGUGGACAUGGCAAUGGCGAGGACCUCAAGCAGCAAUUCGAGGAGCUGCAAGCACAAGCAAAAAAGAAGGCGAAUCAAGCCAAAAAGGUGUUUGAAGAGAAGCUGGCCGCAGAGAAGAAGAAAUUAGCUGAGAAGCAGAAGGCAGCGAAGGAACGCUUGGAGCAUGAGCUGAAGUCAAAGCAACUUAAGGACCAGAUUCUGAUCAUGAAGGAACAGCAAGAGGAGGCGCGUGUCCAGGAAGAUUCCAUCCAGAUGGGGAUCAGUUUGUACUGCUGGGCCUUGAUGAUGCCCUUUGGUUACGAGGCAGGCCUUCUCCUAGAGCAAAAGAGACAAGGUGUUGGCAUCUUUGAAUGCGACGAGUGGGCUGUCUACAGCAACCAAUCCAUGAUGGCAGAUGGAAGUCCUUUUCCGUUCCCUGUGCAUGAGGUCACAGGCCCCAAUGGGGAACCGAUCUCCCUCUUUGUGCCACUGGGUGGGCGAUGGCACACUGCCUUGAACCGUCCCUCGGUGUGA